AUGAAGGCCACCAAUAAACCAAGACCAAAUAUCAGAGUGAAGCUACCAGCAAUAGGCACGGUAGCAUUAGAAGUAUUAGAACUCCCGUCCCUAUCAUUGCCGCCCGGCGGCGUCGGCCCGAGCCAGACUGUCUCCGUUUAUAUUAGUGAAUCCUAUGAAUCGAUUCUCACAGUAGUAUCAGAAGCUACCUUAGCUGAAGAUGGAAAGCUCGAUUUUAAACAGUUAGUGAAUAAAUACGGGUUUGACGUCAAGCAAUAUGACGUCGUGACGGAAGAUGGCUACAUUCUCACACUGUUUCACGUCCCAGGAACACUGGACCCUGUUCUGCUGUUUCAUGGAAUUGCGGAUUCUUCAGAUACUUUCGUGAUUAGAGGCAACACUUCCUUAAUUAUAACAUUAGCGAAAUUAGGCUACAACCUGUGGAUCGGUAAUAGUAGAGGAAACUUGUACGGCCGACGUCACGUCAGUUUGAACCCCGACACUGAUAAGAAAUUUUGGGACUACAGUUUCCACGAAGUCGGCUAUUAUGACCUCGCUGCUACUAUAGAUUUUGUGUGUGACAAAACUGAACAAGAUAGCAUUUCCGUCAUCGCACACUCGCAAGGGACAACUGCAGGAUUUGUAUUAGCAUCGACAAGAACAGAAUACAAUGAGAAGAUCAAGGUUUUUAUUGCCUUAGCGCCGAUCGCUUUUUUCAAUCAUUUGUCACCAGUGCUCUUCCGGUUGUUCAAGCAGGUCCAGCCAUCAGUGUCCUUUUUAAGUCAGUGGGGUAUGAAGAAAUUCUGCGAAACCAUGGCGCAGCUUCGAAUCUAG